AUGUCAUUCUUCUUCCGACCCGAGGGCAAUCAAGCGCUUUCCCAACGCAUCUCUCUUCGUCAUUCAUUUCAACGCCAAGCCCUCACGUAUCGCUGCACCAAAUCAGAGACCUCGGAGCAGGCAAAAGAGGUCAUCAAUCAAAAGAAAUACCACAUUUCGCCCAGCAACCCGAUGCACCAGUUGCCGGCCCAAGGAGGCCUACUUUGGCCUCAUGGCCAAAGCUACUGGCCUUAA